GGCCGCAUAUCACGUUUUGAAGUUAACUUUCGCUGUUAAAGCCAUUUUCACGCUUGAAGCCACCAUGUCGCAGUCUAGUCGAGACCACACAACUCAUCCUGGCCAGAGCCAAUCGACUAACCAUUCUCCGUGGCGUUCAACACCACCUCCUCCGGUCACGAACAUCACGAACUUUCUUCAAAACCCAGAGUUUAUUCAAGGUUUAACCUCGUUGAUAGCUCGAGCCAUGCCCAGAAACUCGUGUACGGUACCAUUAUCAAUGCCGUUAACUACUAAUCCAACAAAACAUCCAACCCAUACUCGUCAUGACCCCGAAACGCAUGCAGCGACAUCCCAUGCUACGUCCCAACCUCACCAUACUUCUCCCCAUCGAGAAGAGUUAACUCGUAUAACUGCUAACCCAAUAACGAACAAUCAAGCCCCCUUCAUGAAUGUUGAUCUUCGAGAUACCAUCAAUAAACAAAAUUGUCCUAUCACAUUUAGUAUCGAAGAUGCCAAUCUAUUUGCUCAUCCUCAUUCCGACGCCCUUAUUAUAACAGCCCCGAUUGGAGGGAUUCCUGUUCAUCGGAUUUUGGUCGACACAGGAGCUUACUCAAGUAUUUUGAUGCUCCGCACGUUCAAAAAAUUGGGUUUGGACCCAGCAGACAUUAGGCCUUGCAACGACCAAAUUCAAGGUUUCAAUGGAAGCAUUUCAUGCCCUGUCGGCGAAAUACUGCUCCCUAUUUGGUUUGGUGGCUUUGGACCAAAAUCCAAGAUCAUUAUGGAGACUUUGAAAGUAUUGGAUGUCCAAAAUGAAUAUAAUGCUGUAAUAGCACGAACUUCACUUUACAAACUUCGUGCUGCUGUGUCAAUUUUCCAUUAUGCCCUGAAGUUCCCCACUAUUGAAGGAGAAGGCACUCAUUACGGAGAUCAACGAAAAGCCCGAAGUCUGAUGUUGCUCUCAACUUCGCGUAACUUUCAUAUGAUUGAAGAGCAAGAUGCUGAUAACUCUGUUGGGCUGAACAAUCCAACUCUUAAUGCUGAAAGAACCGACCAGUUCGCUCCAGAUACCGACAUGCCUCGAGCAGAUACCGACAUUCCUCUUACGGAUACCGAUAUCCCUAUGACGUCGGUUUUGCCCGAACCAUUAACUGAAGUCCUUGAUCAAGAGCAACCUUUUCAUGAGAAAGACACAGAAAUGCACGAAGAUAUGGAUCCACGGAUGCAGUUCAAAGAUGGAAAUCAUCAUGCCCGAGCGGAACCAGUUGAAGAUGUCGAAACCAUUUACGUGGAUGGAUCGACUCAAGAAAAAUCACUGCGUAUUGGAGCUAACCUACAAGAACCCAUUCGGUCAAGCUUAAUUCAGUUCCAUCAGUCAAACUCCGACGUAUUCGCUUGGAAGCAUGAAGACAUGAAAGGGAUUGAUCCACAAAAAGCAUGUCAUCGCUUGAAUUUGGAUAAGACUGUCAAGCCCGUUAUCCAGAAACGCCAGAAAUUCGGUCCAGAUCGCCAGAAGGCCCUUGAAGAGGAAGUAAACAAGCUCAUAGACAAUAAGUUCGUUAAAGAAGCCAAAUACCCGACGUGGAUAUCGAAUCCUGUCUUGGUCAAGAAAGCCACCGGCCUUUGGCGCCUGUGCAUAGAUUUUUCAGAUUUGAAUCAAGCGUGCCCGAAAGAUAGCUACCCCAUUCCACACAUUGAUUACAUGGUAGAUGCUACAUCGGGACAUCAACUCAUGAGUUUCUUGGAUGCCUAUUCCGGCUAUAACCAAAUUCCCAUGCACCCUGAUGAUGCUGAACAUACCUCGUUCUACUCAGCUCGAGGCCUUUAUUGCUAUGUCAUGAUGACUUUUGGAUUGAAGAAUGCAGGGGCCACAUACCAAAGGUUGGUCAAUAAGAUGUUUGCUCGUUUGAUCGGCCACAAGAUGGAAGUUUACGUGGACGACAUGUUAGUGAAAUCGGAACAGGCCUCUGAUCACAUCACCCAUCUUUCCGAGGUCUUUGAUAUUCUCCGAGAGUAUUCUAUGGUUCUUAAUCCCAAGAAGUGUACUUUUGGAGUUGGAUCAGGGAAGUUUUUAGGAUACAUGGUGAGUCAGAGAGGGAUUGAAGCCAAUCCCGCCAAGAUUCAAGCCAUACUUGGCUUAGCUCCCCCGACGUCUAUUAAGGGUGUCCAAGCUUUAACCGGUCGACUGGCAGCUCUAAAUCGGUUCAUUUCAAAGUCGACAGAUCAUUGCAAGCCGUUCUUUGACGCUAUCAAAAAAAAGAAGCCGUUCGAAUGGACCGUAGAAUGUCAGAAUGCUUUCGAAAACAUCAAAGAAGUUCUCUCACGGUUACCGACAUUGCAGAAACCACUUCCUAAUCAACCUCUGUAUUUGUACCUUGGUGUAAGUGACGUUGUUGUUAGUGCUGUUCUUAUACGACAAGACGGACUUCAACAGUUCCCUAUAUAUUACGUUAGGAAGGCUUUACAUGACGCUGAAUUGCGAUAUCCAUAUAUGGAGAAGUUAGCCUUUGCUCUGAUCAUCGUUGCACGGAAGUUGCGCCCAUAUUUUCUGGAACAUUCAAUUAUCGUGUUUACGACAUACCCUCUCCGACAAGUCCUUCGCCGACCUGACACGUCGGGAAGAAUGAUUAAGUGGGCGAUAGAACUGGGACAGUUUGAUAUUCAGUACCGUCCACGAACCGCUAUCAAAGCUCAAGUGUUUUCUGAUUUCAUUGCUGAAUUUACUCCCCCUGUCAAUGCAUCCGUUGAAGAUCCGACAUGGACUCUCUACAUCGAUGGAUCGUCCACUGCUAUACGAGCUGGAGGAGGAAUUGUUUUAGUUAGUCCUGAAAAACAAGUGUUUUGUUACUCUGUAGCAUUCACUUUCCCGGCCACCAAUAACGAAGCCGAAUACGAGGCCCUUUUAUCAGGCCUACGUUUUGCCGAAUCCAUGAAU